UAAAAUGAGUUUAAACACAAAAAUUCCAGUAAAAUCAUAAUUUAUUUUACUGAUAAUUGUAAUUUAUCUAUUAAGAGAUUUUGCCAACACCAUCCUAAUUUAAUUUUGGGACAACAUGAGCAUGGAAUCUGUAAUUCCCAGUAUUUUCUGGAGUCGGUGAAUGUAAAGCUGCAAUUCCAGGCAGCUGGAACACCUAAAAUUGAGAUACUGGAUCCCAUUCUAAUAGGCUGGAAAAUGAAAUUCCUUAAUUCCCAGUAUUUUGUUGAUUCAGUGAUGCCAGGGAGAUCUCCUAGAACUUAACUGAGCUCCUGGCUCCAACUGCAGCAGUCUGGAAAACGAAAUUCCCGAAUUCCCGCUGUCUCCCCGCCUCAGCUUUUCCGGCCAUUCCCAUCGGGAUUGCCCUCCCUUGAGGGCUUCUUUUACCCCUUAAACCUUCUCAAGCUCAGCAUUUCCUUUUCCUGCCGAAAAACCCCAAACCGGGAGCGGGAAGGGGCGUGGAGAAAAGCGGGAAUUUCCCUCAACUGUCCCCGCCCGGAGCUGUUCUCGCUCGCGAGGCGCUCACAGCGCCGUGAGGGGAACGGAACCCUGAGGGGAACGGAGCCCUCAGGGGAAAGGCUCCGUGAGGGAAGAGAAGCUGUGAGGGGAACAGAGACGUGAAGCGAAAGGCGCCGUGAGGGGGAAAGCGCCGUGAGGAAAAAGGCACCGUGAGGGGACAGCGCCGUGAGGGGACGGUGCCGGUGCCGUGAGGGAACAGCUCCCUGAGGGAGAUGGCGGGAAUGGCGCUUCCAAGGAUUCCCUGGAAUUUUCCCGCUCUCUGCUGGCUUCUGACCGUGCCUAUCUCCGGCUCCCUGGGCUUGGAAUGUCAGGAGCACCAAUACAGCUUCCACGACAAAUGCUGCAGCGACUGCGCCCCAGGAGAGAGGAUGCGGAGCCGCUGCACGGCCUCUGCCGACACUGUGUGCUCGCCAUGCCAGGAUGGAUAUUUCAGCUCCCAGCACCACCACGGCUUCUGCAAAAGCUGCACCAUCUGCAACGCCCGGAAGGGCAGCGUGGAGGUGAAGCCGUGCGAGAAAACCUCAGACAGGGUCUGUGCGUGCCAGGCGGGAUUCCAGCCUGCCGGGGGCGUUCCUGUGGGAAGGGAGUGCUCCCGAUGUCCUGAAGGGACUUUCUCCAGAGGAGGGAACGAGAACUGCCGGCCUUGGACCAACUGCAGCAGCUUUGGGAAGAGCACGCUCCGGGCUGGCACGGGCACAGAGGAUGCCCAGUGCAGCAGCAGCCCUGGCAGUGCCAGCAGCCCCGGCCCACAUCCCUCUCCCACGGAAUCCCCGGAGCACGGGGACCCCUUGCCCACGGAAUUCCCGGAAAAUGGGGACCCCGUGCCCACGGAACUCCCCGAGAACAGCUCCAGGACAUCCAGCCCCAGAGGCAUCCCUGCGGUUUGUCGGGAUCCCGGCGUUCCCGCGGAGCCCGGAUGGGGCUCUUUAUCCCUGCUCCUGCUGUGCCUGCUCCUGCUGAUGGUGAGUGGAAUUUCCAUCCUGCUCCUGAUCAUCCAGGCAGCCCAGAAAAAAACCAGGAAUGGGCCUGGGAGGAGCACCCAGCACAAGGAGGGGAGCUGCAGGAUUCCCAUCCAGGAGGAGCAGAUUGAUUCCAACUCCAGCCUCAUCAAAAACUGACACUGAAAUUCCCACCCUGGGCUGUUCCUGCUUUUCUGAGCCCAUGGAGCUGAAGGAGCACUGGCACUAAUUAGGGUUUGCUUAGUUUGGAGCUCACUUGAGGCUGGUUUGACUCUUUGAUUAACUCAAGAUCUCCCUUUGGAAUUUGGGAGAAUUCUUGAGGGAAUUUUGUGUGGAUAUUUUUUCUUUUGGGCAAAUCCUUGAGCUCUAAAAUUAGGAUCAAGUGGCAAAGCUGAGCUCUAAAGUCAGGAUCAAGUCACACUCAAACCACACUUCAUGAAAUGAAUUUUCCCUCUCUAAUUGCUUUUCCACAAAUUUCGAAAGGAAAUUUUUUUGGGAGAAAAUCCCAAACUCUGGAAUGUCUGGGAGGAGCCCAAAGUGUCCUUUUGCUGAAUGUGAAAUGUUUCCGUAGAAAUUCCAGAAAAAUUGAAUUUUUUAUCAUUCAGAAGUGAUUUUCCCUCCAACUAUCAGCAGAAAAAAAAAGACAAAUAGUCUCAUUCCUGAGGGGGGAAAAAAACUCCUCAAAAAAUGUGAAUUUUAAACCCAUAUCCCAAAGUAUCCCAAAACAUCCAGCAGGGAAUGGAUGCAGGGAUCCCAGAGGUGUUUAAAUCCAUGGAUUUGGAAGAUUUGGGAUAUUUUAUAUGUUAUACAUAUCCAAAGGGGUUUAUACAAUGUAUAGGAAGGUUUGUAUCGUGUACAAAGGGGCAUUUUGGGGAAUAAAACUCUGGAAAAACAAA